CUCCUACUGCCCCCCCCAUCUCUCUCUUUCUCUUCUUCUUCUUUCUCCUUCUCCACAUUGCUCAUCAGACGUUUGUUUGUUGAUUCUUUAUUGUCGAUAGCGACACAGCGACAGCGACGACGACGACGACACACACACACAACCUCCGACCGCCGACCCGCGUAGCCCGACUGCGAUCGCCCUGGAAAUAGACUUGGCCCACAUCGCACCCCCCAGCAUCGCAUUCUAGAGCCUAGGCCACGCCGACACAACUGGCGCCACUUGACUCUUGCUACGUCUGACAACGAAUCGUUGCGACAACAAAGUCGACGACACACAUCAUCACCCCCCCUCUACACCCACCACCCACCAUGUCCUACCCUUCCCUCCCUACCGCGUACCUGCAUCCGCCAACAGUCUCGUCCGAGUCGGCGUCCUCGGUCGAGCCACUGACCCCGACCUCGGCGGCGAGCGGACCCACUUCCCGUCCGUCCCCGUCCGAGGUUGAGCGCGACGAGCUCGACUCGGACGAGGCCUCGGCCAACCAGCACGGCAACAACGCCGCAUCCGAGCCCGGCAUUGAGUGCAAGUGGAAGGACUGCACCUACUCUGCACCCGGCCCCGAGGAGCUCUACACCCACCUCUGCGAGUCGCACAUUGGCCGCAAGAGCACCAACAACCUCUGCCUCACCUGCGGCUGGGAGGGAUGUGGUGUCAAGUGUGUCAAGCGCGACCACAUCACGUCGCAUCUUAGGGUCCACACUCCCCUCAAACCCCACCCGUGUUCCGUCUGCGGCAAGACGUUCAAGCGUCCCCAGGACUUGAAGAAGCACGAGCGCAUCCACACCCAGGAGCACCACCAGCUGCACAAGCUCUCCAAGGCUACCACCUCAAACGACCCAGACUUCAACUCUCGGUUUCCUAGCCACCGCCACGAUGGUCACCACCUCCCCCACCCUGCGGAUCGAUCCCCCGUCUCGCUCAGCCUCUCCCCCUCGUCUUCGGCACAGGACCCCACCUCGCCUUAUGACAACCCGCACCUCCUCGGACUCCCCGCCUCUGGACAGGCACCCUCGCCCUCGUCUCUCGCUGCCCUCCACAAAAAGCAGCAUGAGGAGCUCGCUGCGUACCAGCAGCGAGAGCUCAUGAUCCUCCAGCAGCUCGCCUACCAGCAGCAGCAGAGCUCGGCGUACGCCGCCCAGCUCGCAGCCGAGUCGCUUGGCGCUAACCGCCUCAAGCGCGGUCACGACGACGGCUUUGACCACUUCGUCGAGGACAUGAAGAAGAGGAAGAUGGACCCCGUCUACGACGUCGACAUGAUUGCCAGGCUCAACGCGCUCAUGCCUCCGGGGCUCCCCUCGGCUGGCUUCCCCCAGCUCUCGGCCCUCGCCGGUGCCGCCGGCGCCAACGGCGGACAGUUCUACCCCGGCCUCCCCAACCUCAACCUCCAGACCCCCUCGUCCAUGCCCCCCAUGCCCAUCCCCGACAUCCGCACCGAGGCCGAUCUCGCCCUCUUCAACCAGUUCAUGGUGUCGCUCGGUCGCGAGGCCACCCAGCCCAACGGCCCCACUGCCUUCCCUAUGGAGUCGAACGGCAGCAGCGCCUCGGGCUCCAACGCCUCGCGCAACUCGCUCUCGCCCCUGUCGGAGAACAGCCCCAUCGAGGACCUCUUCAACCCCAGCGAGCUGGCCUCGCUUGGCCUUGCCGGCAUGCCCGGUAUCCCCCAGGGUGCCUCGCUCCCCAACAACGCCGGCAGCGUCUCGCUUGGCUCGCUCUACCCGUCGCUCGACAGCCUCGACUCGCGCCCCCGUGCCUCGUCGCUGUCCGAGGCUGCUGAGCCUCCUCGUCGCCCCAUUGCCGGCCUCCCCCGCGCCGGCAGCACGAGCGGCGCGACCGCCCGCCAGGCCUUCAACUACAGCGGCGGUGGCGAGUCGCAGUACCCCAACCUGCCCAACAACUGGCUCUCGUCGCCCCCUGGCGGCACUGCCGAGCAGAACUUUGCCUCGUUCGACUCGCUUGCCCGUUCGCGCUCGUCCCUCCCCGCUGCCACCCUCGCCCCCCGCGACUUCUACAAGCGCACCUACCGCCACAUUGCUCCUCUUGGUGCCGCCCCCAACCACCGCGAGAGCGCCGAGCGCACCGGUGCCGACGAGGACGACGACGAGGAGUCUGUUUCGUCCGAGGAGAACGACCGUGAGAUCCACCCCAGGAUACCCAUCAACGCUCUCCUCGCCGACGGCGACCCGGCGUACAAGCUGCCCGCUAUCCGCCGUCUCGAGAGCGACUCGACCUCCCUGCCAAGCCUGCGCCAGCAGCUCGCUGUCCCCUCGACUUCGCGCCGCACGCUCUCGCCUGCGCGCAACCCGCCUGUCAAGCGCCACACGGACGACGACAACAUUGUCCACGGCGUCAAGCGUCUCGAGCUCGACGACCGCCGCCGCGGCGACUCGCCCGCGCUCGAGGGUGUCUCGUCGCCAUCGUCGGUCGCGUCUAGCACCGCCACGUCGCGCCCUGCCACUGCCACACCACGGGACCCCAUGGCUGAGAUGCGCCGCCGCCAUGCUGCCCUCAUCCGCGCGUGGCUCGUCGCUGUCAACCUCGAGUUUAAGCGCAAGCAGGUGGCAGACAAGGCCAAGCACGAGUGGGCGCCGGCGACUCCUAGCCGCCUGAGCGAGAUUGCUGCCUAA